AUGCAAGUUUUAGCCCUCUUUGACAAGCUUGAUGUUCUAGACAUUGAGAAGGUGUCAAAUUCUAUUAAAUCAAAUGUUGCUGGGCUGCAAAAUGAAGAUGGAUCAUUUUCCGGGGAUGAAUGGGGUGAAGUUGAUACAAGAUUCUCCGAUAUUGCAAUAUGCUGCCUUGCAUUGGUGCAUCAGUUGAAUAAAAUUAAUGUUGAGAAGGCUGUGAAGUAUAUAGUUAGUUGCAAAAACCUGGAUGGUGGAUUUGGAUGUACACCGGGUGGAGAGUCUCAUGCUGGGCAAAUUUUCUGUUGUGUGGGAGCUCUUGCUAUUACAGGGUCUCUGCAUGAUAUCGACAAAGACCUUCUCGAGUGGUGGUUGUGUGAGCGGCAAGUCAAAUCUGGAGGUCUUAAUGGGCGCCCAGAGACACUUCCAGAUGUCUGCUAUUCAUGGUGGGUCCUUUCUAGCCUGAUCAUGAUUGACAGAGUACAUUGGAUUAACAAGGAAAAACUUGUGAAGUUCAUCUUAGACUGCCAGGGACAUUUUCACUCUUACCUCUGA